AUUUCAUCUCACCAUCCAUCUCAGGUCCCCAUGUCCAAGUCUCCGUUACCCUUUACCCCAUAUUGCCUGAUUUUGAGUUGUACUCAUUAUCAUUUUCUAUGCUUAGGUACAGAUGCAAUUCGUUAAUUAGAGCCUCAUUGUUGCGGAAAAUCUAAGCUAAGUAAUCUACUGGUAGAGGCGGCCCUUGCUUGGUACUAGUAGAGGUUGUCCUUGUCAAGAUUGCAUACUGCGGAGCCUAGAGUAAGGCAGUAGGCUUCGGAAAGUAAAUUUGUUUUUUUUUUCAUUUUCGAAUAAAUCCUCAUUCUGUUUCGGAGCGGUCACUUCGACAACUUAGCUUACCGAUUCUCUCAUAUUUCAUUGACAAAUCGGAUAAUAACAUAUUAGACGUGCUGGAGUGAGCGCUACGAGAAGAGGGAGAUCUCUUCUCGCUCGUUUGUUGUACUAGGGUACUUUUUCUAGGUACUUAGACUGGUUUGAAGCACUAGUACUGAUGGCGUCUGGCUGAAACUGAGAAGGUGGCUCUGCCAGUGGCGCUUUGAGGUUGGUGAGAAGUAUCAACCUCUUGAAGGCGAUAAAUGUCAGCACCAGGAGCAGGCGGCUUUCAGCAGGUAAUACCUGGCGCUGCAAGUCCGGCUCCGCAGCAACAAAAUUUUGGAGCUCAGCAACAGGGUUUGGGUACCCAACAACUUCCUCAUCAACAACAAGUAGUACCGCAGGCGCAGCAAGUGGUGCAGCAACAAGUACCAACCACUACUGUGGUGCAGCAACCGCAGCUGACUGGACCGACCAGCACUCUACAACAGCCUAGGUCUAACCGGUACGACAAUAUCAACUCGAGACAGCGCACGCGGUUUGCAGAGGAACAGGGUAACAACGCUAGUGCGGUACCGCAACCCGGUGUCGGAGCGAAUAACAACAUGAUGUACGGAGGUGGCGCCGGUGUGGUGCCCCAGCAGAACACGGGUGUUGUCCCGGUCGCGGGAGGGGGACUACAGCCGGGGGCAACUGCGACGCGGCGCAGUCGGCGCUCGCAGCAGUUACAAUCCGGGGACACGGGUGGCGUGACGAUGGGAUCUAUUGCUGGUGGGCAACAAGCAGGAAUGAUGUCCGACCCGAAUAAUAGUGGUUCAGAACGGCCUUCCCCACAACAGCAGUUCGAACAGCAGCAGCUGGCAAUGCAACAACUCGGCCAGCAGCAGCAGCUGGCCAUGCAACAGGCAGCGUCGCAGCAGCAAGCGGCUGCUGCUGCAGCAGCGUCGCAGCCUGGAGGAGCAGUUGCGCAGGCUUCAACUGCACAACAGCAGCAACAAUUUGCGCAGAUGCAGUCAGCAAUGCAGAUGCAGUCGGCCAUGCCCCAGAUGGCUCCGAUCCCAGAGAACGUUCAGUUACCAGGCCAGCUUCCUCCAACAAGCUCAGAAAAAAUGAUGCCCAUGAUGCAAAUGCCCAUCCCACCAGGGCAGCAGGUCGUUCUCGCUCCCGGCGGCCAGCCCAUGUUCAUGCUCCACCAAGUUCAAGAACCCCCAAAACCACUGUACUUUCAACAUUUUUUGGUGAUUCCUACCAGUUGCUACUAGUGCAACUAGUUGUAGUAGUGCUAGUACUUGAUAUCAUGCUCGAAAUCUAUGGUAGGUUUUUUCUGGGGGGAGAUAAUCAUCCAUGUCGCAAAAGAACUAAAAUGUCAUUUUCAUCAGAGUUUCGUUUUUCUCCACCUCCCUACUCUCAUAUUAUCAGAUAUAAGCGCGGUGAGAAUUUAGCGAGAUUGCAGGGUUUCAUGCCAAAAAUUUUGAUGGAUGAGAUCCGCGUACACACGAAUCGUUCCGUCGUCACAGUAUCGCGGGCAGCUGCUGCCGAGUCAGAGUCUUUCUCAGUGAAGGAGAUGAUCACGGAUAAAUAUUUAACGGUAAGGUUUGUUAUGCUAACUACUUGAUGGGUGUCACUUCUUAGGAAGCGUGUACUUCGUUCCAGGCGUUUAUCAUGAUUUCGAUAGUUGACGCAAAAAUGCAAGUAGUGAUGCUUUACCAGUGAGCAGCUUCAAUGAUAUUAGAUGAAAUUUUUAGCUUCUUGACGGCCAAUACUUAAAGCUAGAUCAUUGCCAUUUUUUAGUGAUGCCAUGCUGUUCUCGUUCUACUCCACUUUUCUUAGUAUACCUGGUGCUAUCCUUAAAAAGAACAAUUCCGCCACCAGAUUAUGUCCACAUUGGGUUAUAUCGGAACGCUGUCAUGGGCAAAUAGAGGCUUCUGUAUUCCAGCUUUGUUCUUCUACUUCCUCAUCGCGGCUCGAUGUGCGGUAGCAGUUCACAUGGGUGAAGAGGAACCAGGCUACCGAGACGUGCUCAAUACGUGUAAGGAGUGGGGCGAGCGAGGAAGUGACUACGUCCCAAGUAUGCUCACAUCUAUUCUUCCUAUCUUCCUGGUGGUGUUUUACGUCAACGCGGCGAUCAAACGGUAUUAGCAUCUCCAUAAAUUUCGUCAAUUAUUAUUCUUGGCGCAAACUUUUAACUUUUGCCGUGAAGCUAGCCCUUAUUUAAGGAUUGGUCCAUAUUUAUAAGUUUGGUCCGAGGUUUAUGUCCUUGUUGCAAAUGCCUUUGUGCCUUUUUAUGAAACGUGAAUAUGAUAAGGCACUUUUAACUCUCUUUCCAAAGUCCUUCUCCUCUUUCCCUCCCGGUACUUUUUUGCUAUCGGUCUCAAGUCAGUGCUUAGCUUUAGGCGAAAACUUCCACCCAUUUGGCGCGCCGAGUACAAAGCACGCGACUCAGCGACACCCUUCCGGACGCGCUGGCCUCCCACAUAUAAUUGCUUUCAUUGUUCCCUUCGAUGUGGCGCCAAGAUUUUAAUCUUCGUUUUAUUCUGCUACUGGUGUGAAUAAAGUCGUGUACUUAUGUGUUUCAUUCGCUUUCUUUCAUAUAUAUCUCAUAUUAUGAGAUUACUUUUUUUCCACCGUAGCAAUCGUGAUCAGAUAGUUAUUUACAUCUUUUUUUUCCGCUACGAAUCAUAUUCAUGACAUACUACCAUCAGAUACUACAAGAUGUACGACGCGUGCCGCGAAAUGAGCGACAUCACAGAUCAGGCCGUAGGUAUUGCGCUCAUUGAUUUCCGAAAACAUCCGGAGUGCAUUAAGGAGCAAGUGCGAUGCUUGCAUCUAGCCCGUAUGCUCGUGCUUCUUCACACUGCACGAGAAACCUAUCCCGUAAAGAGCUUCUUCCUGCCCCUCUGCGAAUGCUUCGGCGACAAGAGCCACGGCCUCCUCACGGCAGUCGAGCAUCGGGUAAGCCCCUUGUUACAACGAGCUUGUCACAUAUUCAUCCUUACUUUUUGAGUUUUUAAAUACAUAGCGUCGAAAUUUAGAAAAUAGUUGUCAAUAGAAGUUUUCGCCCACACCCACAGGCAGAUGAAUGAGUUGCACUACUUCUUUGAACAAAUACUUACCAAUACUUGAAUGAGCAGAGGAGCUAGAAGAUCAGCUAACUUGACUUCUUGACGUGAAGUGACCAGCUAAGCGAAAAAGAUUGUACAACCACCUGACUAUGACGACCAUUAUUUAACAUAACAGUUUAUUUCUGGAGAAGGCUACUCGGAGCACUUGGCGCAGUAUUUCGUAGUGAAAGCACUCAAUGUCGUCCACGCGGGCACGCAUAAGAGCCUCAUUUCCCCACCUGGCUGCGCUGCGAGGACGAUGCACCUCAUGAAAAUGAUGUAUUCAUCUUCACUUCUACAUCAUCAUGAUUCUGCGUCCUUACGUUACUACUUGUCAGAAGUAGUUCUGCUUCUUCUUUUUUCAUUUUGAUUUGCUUGAUCUUGACAUACUUAGGAUAGUAGUCGGCGAUCUUUCCAUUUCUUUGUAAGAGUAUAGGCUUCAUCUUGGUUCUUUUUUCUUGGACGCGUAAUCGAAUUCAAUUGUGAUAAGAUUCGCGCCGCGCAUAGGAUGCUUCGUCCCCUAGGGAAGACGUUUCCUUCAUAAUAAUUAUCAAAAUUAGUAUCGGGCCCUUUACCUUUUUCCGAAGUGAAGCCUGGCAUUAAGUAGUCCCGUCGACAGUUUCGGAAUACUGAUCUGGGCAACUCACCAUGGCCGUGGUUCUUUUUCUAGUUUCGGACUUUCAUAACAUCAUCAGGGACUCGUCACAACGAAUCAAGAGCUUGGUAUCGAUGCAGUAUCCGCCAACCUACACCUAUUUGGUGUCGUCGACAGUCGGUACCAUUUUUUUUGCUGGUUGUAUACAUCGUUAUUAGAAUAAGCAAGUAACUACAAGGUCUACUCAUUUUUAGAGAAGGAACGAUUAUGGCUGUAUGCUUCUGUAUUCUUCAAUCACCCGAUCCUAUCUUUCUUUCUUCACGAGCAAGAAUGUUUAUCACGGAACGAUGACUACUAGUGACCAUUCAACAACUGCCACCAUAAUACUCCACCUCUCUCCGAUUUAUUAGGUAUUUCGUGUUUGCUGGAAAUCGCGUUCGCCGGAACGCGAGUAGGGCUUCAGUGGAACACAAUGAUGUUUUGGGAGUCGUUCCUCAUUACGUUUUCCCUUCUAGUCGCCCAGCAGGUGUGUCUCUUCGGUAUCCUGGGUGUAGCCGGUGAGAUGAUCGACCCCUUCGGACGAGAUAUUCGCGAUUUCCCAAUCUUGCAGGUACUCAAAGCAAAAAUAGCUUCUAGCUUUUGAAUAAGAAUAACAGCAGCGUGAUAAGAUGAAAUCUAAGUUAUAAUCUACGAUGUGCAUGUUGAAUAACAGCAACGACGUCCGUGAUAAAAUGAAAGUAGUGUCUUCCCCUGACAAUUUUUGAAAACAGCAAGAGUAGUAUCACUCGCAUCAAUCUCAAUGUACAUCCAGCAAUUUUUGAUCCGCAACAAAAUCUCAUCAGAUGUGCGUGGCGCCGUUGCAGCAUACGGUACAGUUGCUUUUUGAAUACAAGGACCUACGAGACGACGAGGAAAGCAAUGCGUAUCAAGAAGAGCUCGGAAUCGUACUGAUACUAAAGUUUUUAUUUAAAGUAGUUGUAAUGAUUAUUUGUAAUUCAUAUUCAUCCGUUGUACUUAAUACAUACAACUUGGUUUAUAACAGUCUCAGAGAGACAGAGUUUAGUGGCAUCAACGUCAAUUGACUUUACUGUGGAUGAUUUUUAGUGGCCUGGGUUAGCGGGAACACGGGCGUGCUUGCACAGUCUAGAGCUGGCCCGGGGUUUGUUUAGUUCCUCCGUUAUCCAGCGCUGCCGCUCGUUAGACUCUCACUCGCAACCACUAUCUACAGCACGAAAGCUGGCUGCCAAAGCCAGACGAGGACCUGCUUAACCGACACACGCGGCAGACGCAACGAUUCAAGGAGUCGACGAUGUUGAGUAGUGAAGAACUGGCCAAGGUGGAUCCUACGCACCUCGGUGAGGCAUAUUCGCGCGAGGCUGUCCGUAUACUAGAGAAUCUCAAGCAGAAGAUAAACAGCACUGACGACGAAUGAUUUCGCAUGUACUUAGAACAGCAGAUGAACUUCGUGUUUCUGCUACAAGUUCUCUUGGUUAACGAUGCUUCAAUCAUUCUUCCAAAAGAAGAUGAAAUGUUAUGUAACGAGAAAUUAAAAUAUUCCACCUUAUCAAAAAUGUCCUUGUACAGAACAUCCAUCUUAAUUAGUCAUUGUUUAUGAUGUCAUGUGGCAUCUUACUUAGCAUCAGUAUGCAGCGCUCCUUUUUGCAGAAAAUCAAUAAAAUAGUACAUAAGUAGGCUUGGACACCGAACUUUUUACCAAUAAAAGUUCUCGUUGACCCAUGUUUCCUAGAAGAACUAGGCAGUCUAGAAGGUAAGGUUCUUGACCCCAGGUUAUAUCAUGAUUAUGUCACUUGCUGAACAAAAAAUUAAAAACACGUCAAUGCCAUUCAGUGAAUGCUAAUAGUACAGUACCACGUCGCUAGAGACGAAAGACGUUAAUGCAGAGAAGCAGGUGCACACACAUACGCAGUUACACGACGCGUUGAGGUGCGUCAGUACGAAGUUAGUACGCCUACAAAGGCAGUGCUCAUUAGACACCAUGUUGACUUACUUACUUGGUAAGCAUAAGCUCGACGAUGCUCUUGAGAUACCAAACCAAGUAGUGCGAAGUAUGCACCUGCACAGAGAGUUCCUGCAAUCAAAGUAUAUGUAAGGCAAAUUUCAUUCCAAACUAAUUCUUAGACAGAGUUGUGAGAAACGAUCAGAUAAUAUCUUCACGCAGAAGAUCCGCUUGUGGUCUCAAUCAUGGGUUAGACGUAGAUCUAGACGAAGAAGUGAGUUCGCUAGAGUCAACUUGCAGAUAAUUCCAACAAUAUUUAUUUCAUUAUAUUUAUUUGUAAUUUAAUUUUGGUUGUAAGUACUUGCAAUUUGAAAAUUAAAAUCAGUGUUGAUUACAACAAAGUAGAGAAAUCGUGUGUUGCGGAAUAUCCUCCACGUUCCUUGUUUACUUUAUCAGAGUCAUUGUCAUUGAUGUAAAUCCGGUCCUCGUCGGUAAUUUAACGGAAUUGUCAACAUGUUGCUUAUUGCUAAGAAUCGAGCUGUGAGCAAGAGCAU